AUGCUUCGUAGGUCGCCGAUGUCAUUGUCGAUCUCCGCAUCCGUGAUUGUCGAUGGAUUGCAGGGCUUCUUCGAUGAAUGUGUCACACACGAAGUUCUUGCAAAGUGUUAUAGGCUGCCUCUUUGGAAUUCGACAUCGACGGAAGAUAGUGACAGUAAUGAAGAUGAUUUGGAAAGAUCUGAAUAUGUUGUCGCUGCUCUCAUACAUAAAGAGAAAUCCAUAUAUGUAUAUACACCUUCGCAAUACUAUAAUUUCUCUUUGCAUUUUUCUCUUACUUACAGAAGGACGAAUACUUUACUUCAAAAUAUUUUGAAGUGCGUACAACCGAAUAAUCAAGGUGUACCACGAAAGCCUGCAGUUCUCCCAAUAUCAUCUAUAGCCGAAAAUAUGAAUGAAGAUGAUUAUAAUGAUGUCGUGAAUUAUCUUUGUUAUAUAGGCGGCUUUAAUUUAAAAGAGGCAGUAAAUCUGUGUCUAAAAGAGACUUUGAAGGAUACUGUAACACCGUCGUUCACAUGGUGGGGCCGCGAAAAGCGUGAAGGAGCGCAACGGCCAUUAUAUAACGCUCGGUUAAUUAUUGCUAUUUAUGACGCUGUAUGUAAAAACCGGCACUUCCCAAAGCCGACUCGUACGGAAUUUCAAACCCAGGCGAAGGAAGCUCUCCGGGCUGCAAAGGAAAGGGCAAGAACCAAGUUGCAAGGUCCACGUGCACGCAUGCCGGUUCCAAGGAAUCGUAAUUUUUGGAACGACGAGCCCGAACGAGAACAAGAAGAGGAAGCAAAUAACAAUUAAUAAUGUUACAGAUACUCCCCUGGAGACGUUGCUACUCACCCUGCUCACCAACAUAGAGGGAAGGAUGACUAGGUCAUCGCGACGACGUCCACGGAACGAAAGAAGAUACAAUCGGCAUUUUUUAAUGCCAACCGGUCUCGGUAGAUGCUAAGCUGUGUGAGAAAGUAUUUUGUCUCAACUCGGAAUGUAACAUUGAUCCAAGCAAUCGUUAUGUCCAAUGACGCCGGUUUACCAAUAAAACAGAUGAAAAGAUUACGCACAUUAUCGAGAAUCACAUACAUGUAAAGCACCAACCGUACAUGGACGUGACUUUUUAGUGUGUGUAUCUUUACGUCUGUUUUAUGAGUGAACUGCGGGUUCUUUUUAGCACUGCAUACACCGAAACUGAUUUCAAAAUUAGGUGUUGCGGUAUAACGUUUACUUGGCUCGAUUUUACGUAUCUAUUUUGGGAUUAAACCUUCCUCGCACAGCUCUAGUGGAGAUCAAUCAAUCGGCACUUUUCAGUGCCAUUUA